UAAUGAAUCUGUGCUACGUUGUAGGACGUCGAUAACCUCAAAUUGAUUUUGAAUUUUUUGUUGUAUUUGUAAAUAAAGUGCAUAUGUAAAUCACUUUAUAUGAUAACGUGUGAACCUUAAGUAGACGUAGACUGUAGAUAUACAUAUAUCAUUGAAUUUAAUUCAAUUUCAUCAAAAUGUCCAAUAAUAUACACUCUACUAAGGAAUCAAACGGACCUCAAUGCCAGUACUUUGUACUGAGGAAAAAACGGCUGUGCCGUAUGACUGUGCGUCCUGGCAAUCAGUACUGCGGUGAACAUCAACCCCCACCUAAUGAUUGCUUGUCUGACAAACGUAUUGCAUGUCCCAACGAUCCUAAGCACACAUGCUACAUUAGCAAAUUGGAAAAGCAUCUAACCAUCUGUAAUGCUAGACAACAAGACCAGCCGCCCUACAUUGAAUACAACAUCAAUACUCCGAUAACAAAUGCAGUUCCUCGAAUUUUGCUCAGCGAGAUCCCUGGUGAUAUAAUCAUUCAGGUCAUAAAUAAAGUUAAUUCAUUAUAUGACAAAUUUAUCAAAUCGAACAUAGUAUCAAUACCAGAGCGCGUUAUCCAUGCCGCUGUAGCACCAGAGUUCAAUGAGACGGAUCGGCAGGAGAGCUCCCGCCGACAUUUGCGGCAAACAUCUAGCUUGUUAUGGCUCGUAGAAGAAGAGAACCUAGUGGAUAAUGAGACUUGCUAUGUGGAACUUGGAGCUGGGAAAGGGCAGCUGUCGUUCUACGCGCACGCGGCGUGGUGCGCGGGCGCGGGGUCCAGCGUGCUGCUGGUGGACCGCGCCACGCUGCGGCACAAGCGCGACGGGCGGCUGCGGGGGCGGGGCGCCGCGCGGCUGCGGGCCGAGCUGGCGCACCUGGCGCUGCACCGCGUGCCGGCCGCCGCCACCGCGCGCCGCCUCGUGGGCCUGGCCAAGCACCUGUGCGGCGUGGCCACCGACUACGCGCUGCGGUGCAUGACAUCGGAGGGCGUGCUGGGGAAGACCAGAGGUGUGGUGAUCGCGACUUGCUGCCACCACCGCUGUGAAUACUCCGCUUAUGUCGGCAACCGACACCUACUGGACAUGGGUGUAACCGCCGAAGACCUGAACGCGAUGCUCGGGCUGGUGUCCUGGGCCACGUGCGGGGACGGCCGCAACCGACUCCACCGACAGAACAAACCGGCCAGCGACGAGCACUUAGCGACGACCGAAACCGAUCACUCCAACAGUGAAGUCGGUUGUGACAAUAAUCUACCGGACGAGGCGCCCCCCGAACAGCUCAAGCACAGCCUCAGUCGCGAGCAGAGAGAGCAGGUCGGCAGGAGAGCUAAGGCGCUGCUGGACUGGGGAAGGAAACUCUACUUAGAAGAAAAGGGCUUCAACGUGAAACUGUGUCACUACGUGCCCAUCGGAGUGUCGCCGGAGAACGUCUGUAUAGUCGCCACGAAAAUGUGAACGUUUAUUUAAUAAAUAUAUAUAUUCAGUUUUGCAAAUUAUUACCAUGAGUUUAAACUUGUUGAAUAAUCCAACAA